AUGGAUAAUCUGUUGAUGAGUGAAGAGUGGCUAACAACCCUAUCCAGGGUCAUCGAGUUAAGUACCCAAAACUCUCAACAACGCAACUGGCAACGCAACAUGCGUAUUGUGCGUAGGUGGUGGAUGCGUCCAAUUUUUUUCCGGCGGCAAGAAGAUGGCAACCGUUUGCUUGACAAUAUUGUAGCAGAGCAAGCAAAUGAAACCAUGAUUAACUUUCUUCGCAUGAAGAAGGAAGAUUUUGAUGUUCUCCUUGACAUGAUACGCCCAGAAAUAAAUAGAAUGAACACAAAUAUGCGCGACUCCAUAACAGCCCAAGAACGGUUGCUUAUAACGCUGCGCUACUUGGCAACUGGAGAAACAUUCAACAAAAUUCGCCAGUUGGGUAGUUUGCAGUAUUUGUUUCAGGUGUCUCGUUCCUCUAUAAGCAACAUAGUCAAGGAAACUUGCUCCUGCCUUACUAAAGCUCUACGGUCAUAUGUGAAGAUAGCCUAA